UUCAUGUUUUGUUCUUCUAGAGUACGAUUUAGUGGUGGGCAUGGGGACCUCUUCCCCAACACCAAAACCGCCGCUCAUUUAUCACCGUCGUGGGUGCUUUCCCGUCCUCCCCCCCCUGCCCCACGUGCGGGCCACUGUUAUGUGAACUUCACCCACCCCGAAAAGCACGGGAAAUUUCAAUUCAUCACGCCCGAAAUUCACGAAACGAAAGAGGUCCCCAUCCACGCCGCGACCGGCCUGCGGAAUUGCACGACCCAACGACCUUCUUUGAGAAAUUGCGUGGCCUUUCUUGAGGGGACCAAGGCUGCCCUGGACUGGAAAAAUGUCAAAACCAACAACACCCCCAUGGCGCAAACGAACAUUCAGGAAAAGGUGGACGGGGAAAGGUUCGUGAAGACGCGGGAAUUUCAUCCUCGCGAUUUGAAAGUGCCCUUUCGUUUGGGCUAUGAGCCUUCUAUUGACAUCACUGAGUGCAAUGACAUUAUUGACAAACGCACCAAUGCUCUGCGGAAGGUUGAGGAUCAAAACCGCAAUGGCUACAUGAAGGAGUGGAUACCGUUUGAACUAAAUCCUCCACCGAAGCCAGCUCCACCUCCACCCAAAAAGUAG